AUGUUUAAUAAUUCCAACGUUUCAAAAGGCAUAGAAGUUCUAUCAAUUCCAUUCGAUCACUCAAAAUGGGAUUAUUCACAAUUAAUGAAUCCAAAUGAUUUUCAGUGGAAAGUUGGAAUCACACCGUUCUCUAAUUUACAGAUUGUCAUUGGUUCUUGGAUAACAUACUUUGUAGUGAUAGUUGGAUUAAAGAGAUUUAUGAAAUCUCGAACACCUUUCACUUUAAAAGGUGUUAUUGCUGUACAUAAUUUAUUUCUAUGCAUAUUGUCCGCGAUCAUGUUCGGAUACGCCAUAAUUGACUUUUUUAAAAGAUGGCAGGAACGAGGUAUCGGUGAAUGUUUUUGUACUUCAGACGAUUCAUCUUUGAAGGAAAGAGAUAAUUUUUCUGCAUUGGUACCAUCAUUCUAUUGUGAUCCUAAUGGUUUGGACAUGGCUACAAGAUGCAAAUAUGUAUGCUAG